ACAUUGUCCCAAACUUGCAAUUUACACUCACCUAAAAUCUAGAGCAAUUUAGCGUCCAAUGUAACAUUUGUUAUGUCUCAAAUUUUUGAGGUGUAGAAUUGUAGUGUAUACAAAGUAUUGUGACCAUUUCUAUAAUUAAUCCCCCUGUUAUCAUCACCUCUGCUUCGGUCUCGUUAUCUCGCUGCAGUCAAGAGGGGAAAAAGAACAACCACUUCGUCAGCCGCGAAUUUCAGGGGGGGAAAAGAUGGCGAAGGGCAAGAAAGAGCUGCUGUCGAAAGCGCCGUGGAGAGGAGACGACGACGAUGGCGAGGCCGACAAGUUCAAAGACGCUAAGCUCAAAGUCACAAAGCAACCUGGCUCCGACGCCAAAAUGCACCUCCCUGGCAAGAAGAAAGGCCGCCCCUCCGACUACGACGAAGACGACGACCAGCUCGAAAUUGACCCGGAGCUUCGUUACAGCUUCCACCGCAAUUACCAGUUCCUUCAGAGAGUAUUUAGCAUUGAUACAAUAGUGAAGCCACUCCCACCUGCGAUGGCUUACAAUGUCUCUCGUAACUUGAGCUUCUUCACUCGCAUCUUCACUCAGUUCUUUGACCCUGAAGGUAUUGCAAAUGCGCAGAAGUCACUUGGGUUAGGCCAAGAAGAGAAAGCUCGCAAAGUCCGUUGACCAGUUCCCUGAUAUCUUCCAGUAUUUCCCUCUGUUCAUCCAUUUGUACUUUUCAUGCAAGUAGUUCAUUUGUGCUCUCAAAGAGGAGGACAAUCCCAAAUACUGCUAUCAACUUUCAACUCCAUGCUUUCUGAGCAGAGUUUUAAAAUGUCAUGUUCUUCUAGUGACGGAUUGAGAUCCGAUUCUUGUUGGUUCCAUUUCUCGUUCCUUGGCUUUUGCUUUAGCUCCAUGACCAUGAGCAACCCCAGAUUUCAUUUUGGGAGGGGUACAUGUCUCUUGCUAUGACCACACUCAAUGAGAGUUGGAGAGCCAUGAAUGAUCCAGAUAUUAUACUGGUUUGGUUUGGUCUGGUGUUGAACCGAAUAGGCUUAGUCGCUUAGGAUCGACUCAAAGCAAAGUAGGGGAGGAGAGUUGCUUGAGAACCACCUUAGAUAUGGCUGGAUGUUAUGCGUGUUGGUUAUGUUGAUUGCUGUUCAUGGACUUUACCUUUAUGCAGUUUACUGUACAGCAUUAGUAGUUCCCACCGGCUCUCUUGCCUGUGUAUUACUCCUUCAUCUAACAAUCUAAACUCUUCUCAGUAAGAGAUGGUUCCUGUAUGCUCUUUCUCCUGUCACUCAUUUUGUUCAGGCUUCCAACUGGAAUAUCACUGAUUAGCUGUUGUAUGAUUUUAUUGAUAAAUGUUGAAAAUUAUAUCAUAUACUAUAUUCUUAAACCAUUACCUGGCAAACAACUUAGAAACAUACCUUUCAUUUUUAUUUCACAUAUUCUGGUCAAAGGACAGUUCAUCAUCAUAAUACCUGUAAUUCUGCUAAGUAUCCGCAAUCUGUGUCCAGCUGUGCUACAAGACAGACCUGUAUUAUGAUACAUUACUUGACAUGAAGAUAUGCUCCUAUCCUGAGUUUAUUUUAUUUAUAUAGGUUGUUGUCUUUGUAUGGGUUUCUUCAAACUAUCAUGUUUGAUUCUCGUAUUGUUUUUAUCCAUAAUCCAUUCUAUAAUUGUCCAAAACAAAAUUCAAUUUAGAGUAAUUCCCUUCUCUUGUACUUUUCCCCACUAAUUUUUCUUCUCUUUGGCACAUUCCUUCGUCUUACCCGCCAUAAUUGAGGGGAAAUUACCUAUCUAGUAUCUACCAUCUAUGAGAAUGGAUUAUUUUCUUUUUAUCAAUACUUUGGACCGUUUUAUGCAUUAGUUUCACACAUAAACAUAAAAUCAGAAUGAGAGAAAUACAUUAAAACAAUAAACAUAAGUCAUAUUGACAAAAUAUGAUGUUGACUACUUCUCAUUUUAUUUUUAUUAUCUGACUGAAACGCUAAUUGAUGACUGAUUGACUACUGAAUUGUGCAACGAUAACCAAGUUGCAUAAGAAGUCACAUUUCAAGUUACUUAACAUCCAUCAACAAUGCUCAUAAAUUGACGAUGGAGCAAACACUCAGAAUUAAAAAAGUGCCCUAUGGGGUCAUUCACUUUGGAGCAAGUAAUUUUCACAAGAUUUCACCUUCAUUUUAGCAAAUCGAACCUGAUUUAUGCAUGAUCCAACCAUCGUUAGUAGUCUUCCUCACUUUCAUCCAUACAAACCUAACGAGAUUGCAAGAAAACAUAUGUAGUAGUGAGUGAGAGGUCUUGUAAUGAAAUGUCUUUUUCAUCAUUCACAAACUAGUUUUUGGUUAUCUCAUAUUCUCCUCCUCCUUCUCUCAUCAUGCACCACGUCUUUUUAUCUUCUACAAAAUGAACUCAUUUGUCCAUGUUCCAUCCGUUGGACUUGGGAGGAAGAGACGAAAAAUGAAAGAGACUAGAGAAAAGACUUUCAUUUGACAAAAAUGAAACGAUUAAAAGGUGAAAGAGAAAGAACAGCAGCGUAUAAACACCCAAAAACAAC